AUGUCCGAGACCGCGCCGGCUCCUCCGGCUGCUUCCACGCCCCCUGAGAAGGCUCCAGUUGGCAAGAAGGCGAAGAAACCUCCGAAGGCUGCAGCUUCUGCUAAGAAGAAGCCUGCCGGGCCUUCGGUGUCUGAGCUGAUCUUGCAAGCAGUUUCCACCUCAAAGGAGCGCAGCGGGGUGUCCUUGGCUGCGCUCAAGAAGGCACUGGCUGCCGCCGGCUACGAUGUGGAGAAGAAUAACAGCCGCAUCAAACUGGGUCUCAAGAGCCUAGUGAACAAGGGCACUCUGUUGCAGACCAAAGGCACCGGCGCUUCGGGCUCCUUCAAGCUUAAUAAGAAGGCGGCCUCCGUGGAAGCUAAGCCUAGCAAUACAAAGGUAGCCGCAAAACCAAAGGCAACCGGCGCUAAGAAACCUAGAAAAGCCAUUGGAGCUGCCGCUAAGAAGAGCGUUAAGGCCCCGAAAAAGGCCAAGAAGCCUGCGGUGGUAAGGAAGCCCUCCAAGAGUCCCAAGAAGCCUACAGCUGUCAGGGCUAAGAAGGUUGCCAAGAGCCCUGCCAAAGCUAAGGCGGUGAAGCCGAAAGCAGCGAAGGCAAAAGUGACUAAGCCGAAGACUGCUGUCAAGCCGAAGAAGGCGGCUCCCAAGAAAAAGUAA